AUGGGCGACGAGAAGUUUGAUUACCAGGCCGUCCCUAUCCCCUCCUAUGCCGAAGCCACCGGUCAACCCUCCUCCUCUCGUUCAGAUCUCGGUGAUGGAACCGAUGUGGAACGACAGGGGCUCCUCAGCCGUAAUGCCUCCCGUUAUCAACCCCCAACGGUGGAAUCCGCGCGCACCAGUCUCGAUGAUCUCGAAUCCGCCGCUUCACACUCGGAUCGAGGUUCUACGGAGGAACUACGAAGAGAAUUAGAUCAGAUGGAUGUGGAUGAUUCCGGGACAUCGCUGACCGGACGCCCGCCCCUACGACAUCGAUUCUCCAAGCAACUCAAUACUCUAAGCCGGGCCCUGUCUACAAUACAACGACCCUUUCAACGAUAUAUGCCGAAUUUCCGCUUUACAAUAAACCUAGGCGACGCGAGGGCACGCUUAAAAGAUCAGGGUUGCAUCAUGCUCCUCCGGGUGUUCGCGCUGUUAUUGGUCGUCUCCCUGGUCUAUGUGUUCUUCAUUGCAGAUAUCUUCAACAUCAACAGUCGCAUGGCCAUGGGCCAGUCCUAUAGCGCUGCAUCUGUCGAGAAUUUCAUUCAGGGCCACAUCAACGAGACGAAUAUCGCCGAGAACUUGCGCCGGGUCACAAACUAUACCCACGUCGCCGGUACCGAAGGCAGUUUUGCGCUAUCACAAUUGAUCGAGCAAGAGUUCCACAAAGCAGCCUUUGAUGAGGUUUCGCGGGAGGAAUUCCAGGUCUAUCUCAACUAUCCGCGCAAGGAUGGGAGGCGAGUGGCCAUCAUCGACCCACCCAAUCUAGCCUGGGAGGCUAAACUUGAAGAGGAUGACGCCAAAGACCUGGUCUUCCACGGACAUUCAAAGUCCGGAAAUGUGACUGGACACCUGGUGUAUGCCAACUACGGUUCUCGCGAGGACUUCAAACUGCUCGCAGAUAAGGGCGUUUCGCUCCAAGGCUCGAUCGCUCUGGUCCGUUAUUAUGGAACCGAAUCUGACCGCGCCUUGAAGAUCAAGGCCGCCGAACUGGCUGGCGCGGCCGGCUGCAUCAUCUACUCCGACCCUGCCGAGGAUGGAUUUGUCAAAGGCCCGGCCUAUCCCGAAGGCCGGUUCAUGCCAAGUGAUGGUGUGCAAAGGGGCGGUGUCAGCAUGAUGUCGCAGGUGGUCGGAGACGUCCUCACCCCUGGGUGGGCAUCUACACCAGGAGAAAAACACCGUCUUUCUCCAGCAGAUAGCCCCGGUUUGCCCAAGAUUCCCAGUCUCCCACUUGCCUGGCGUGAUGCGCAGCGGCUUUUGCAGGGUCUGAAAGGCCAUGGCUCCAAAGUACCAAAGGAGUGGGUGGGCGGUGUUCCCAAAGUCGAGUGGUGGACUGGUGAUCAAGACUCCCCUGUGGUUCAUCUGAUGAAUCUGCAGGAUGAAGUCGAACGGCAACCGAUCUACAAUAUCCACGCCAAAAUCAUUGGAAUGGACGAGCGUGAUAAGAAGAUCAUUGUUGGCAAUCACCGAGAUUCAUGGUGCAUGGGAAGCGUUGACCCUGGAAGUGGCACCGCCGCAUUCCUGGAGGUUGUACGCGCCUUUGGUGAGUUGCUCACCUACGGGUGGCGACCGCUUCGCACCAUCGAAUUUGUUAGCUGGGAUGGAGAAGAAUAUAACUUAAUCGGAUCAACAGAGUAUGUCGAGAAGGAGAUCGAUGAUCUUCGUACGAAUGCUUUUGCUUAUCUGAAUGUCGACGUGGGCGUGUCCGGGCCUAAUUUCCGUGUAUCGGCGUCGCCCGUCUUUGAGCGCACCGUGAUGCAGAUUCUGGGCCGUCUCUCGGACCCCUAUGCGAACGCAACAUUGAAAGAUCUUUGGGAGAAGAAGGGCUCAAAGAUUGCCCCACUUGGCGCUGGAAGCGACUAUGUUGCGUUCCAGGAUAUCGCGGGCACCUCGAGCAUUGACUUUGGGUUUGAGGGUGAGCCCUAUCCAUACCACAGCUGCUACGAGUCGUACGACUGGAUGGUGCAAAAUGCCGACCCUGACUUCCAAUACCACAAAAUCCUGGCUCAAUUUUGGGGAUUGCUCCUACUUGACCUUUCAGAGAACCCCAUGUUACCAUUCGACAUGGAGGCCUACGGUGACUCUGUCGGCGGAUGGGUCAAAGACUUGGAUGCAUACGCCAAGUCAAAGAAGGCUGAGGUGGACAUGCAACCUAUUUUCAGUGCUGCAGCCGAAAUGAAAGCCAACACUGCUCAGUUCCAGGCCUGGAAUAAGAUCUGGCAUGACACCGUGUGGGGUAUGGGAGGAUAUGAAAGUAAUGUCAUGGCAGUGCAGCGAGUCAGCCACAAUGCUCGAAUGGCUGCAUUUGAGACCGAUCUGCUUGACUUGGCAGCAGGCGGAGGUGUUCCCAACCGCACACAAUUCCGCCACGUCAUCUUCGGCCCCGAGCUGUGGUCCGGCUACGACGCCUCACUCUUCCCUGCUAUUCGAGAUAGCAUCAACACAGGGAACUGGACCUUAACCCAGCACUGGAUUAACCGAGUUGCCGACAUCAUUCACGAAGCCAGCACCAAGCUUCUCCAUUAA